AUGGUUUCUUUGAACUAUCUCUUUAAGAAGGCUUUGAUGGCAGAUGUAAACCGGGCAAUCCAGUUAAGCGAGUGUAACUGCGAGAUUACAGAACUAAAACGUCUGUCUGUUCCCGAAAGGGGAUCCAGGCUGCCGGCCAGGACAGCCCUCACGCCGCCGCCCUUCCGCCCGGAGGCACGGCCCCGCUCGGGCCCCGAGCGCCGCGCCCGCCCGGCGGCGGCUCCCGCCGCUCCCCGCCCGGCGCGGAGCCGCUCCGCCCCCGCGGGCAGUGCGCAUGCAUGGGGCGGCCGCGCCGCCCUGAGUCACCGCUCCGCUCCUCGGCCGCUCCCCGGCAGCGGCAGCGGAAAGGCGGCCACCAUGAACCGCUUGGGGAAAAAAGCAAAUGAGACCCUCAUCGAGAUGGCUCUGUCGGCGGACGAUGACAUUGCGAUUCUCACCAAGUUCAAGCCAUCACAUUCAGAAGGGGAAGAAUGCAAUGGACCUGAAACUAUUUCAACUGCAGGAUCAGAAAUCCCAAGCAGCUCUGAGGGCCUAAACAGCACUGAGACUACUUUACUCAUCCCUGAACAUCAAGUGAUUGAUAAAAGACAUCAAAGCAAAGAUUCUAUUUUCUUCAGGGAUGGUGUCAGGAGAAUUGAUUUUGUUCUCUCCUAUGUGGAUGAUCUUAAUAAGGAAUGGGAAAAAAAGUUGGAAAGGAGAAAAGAAUUUGAGAGCAACCUGCAAAAGGCUGGUUUGGAGCUAGAAACAGAAGACAAGAAGGAAUCUGAAGAUGGCAAGAUUUUUUUUUGUGAAGAUCCAUGCACCGUGGGAGGUUCUGAUCACAUAUGCAGAAGUGCUGAACAUUAAAGUUCCCAUCAGGGAAAAUGACAUUCCCCCCAUGGUAGAGAACCCCCUGGACUGUGUGCUUUUCCCACUGAGGCUGCCCGAGAAGGUGAUGCACCCUGAACC